UGGCAGGGUCGCACACUCGUCCGCGUGAGUCUCCCCCGUGCGUCCUCCUCCUGUCGUUCCCUGUCUCGUUCAUGGGGCGUGCCUGGGCGGCGGUACGUAAGGAUUUGUCACGUCGUUGUACUACGGAGUGUCACGGAACGGCGCUGGGCAGGAGGCCGAGAUCGCCGCCGUCGGGGAGGGAGGAGGAGAGGCUCAGCGCACGGACGCCGUAGCGGGACGCGAGAGACAAGAAUCCUCGUUGCCGGGCGGGGGUGAUCUGUUCAACGAAAGAGAACAUGAAUGAACUUGAUAAACGGAAGAUGAAAAGGACAGAGAGGGAUUGUUCUCGAGGCCUGCUAGCCUGACCUACCCAACGCCCUUUAGAGUAGUCUGCCUGGAUGGACAGAUUUUUCCAGGAACGAGCAAGAAUGCCGUCCAUUGGCACGGGUAGCGUCGACCUGCGGUCCAUCUUGGGGAGCAUUCUGAAUGUGGUCAAGAGCAGGGCCAACCAGAUCUGCGCCGCCACUUGCGAUGGCCUCGUCCUCAGAAUGCACUACAGGUGGACCUUCUGCAUCAUGCUCGGAGGGUUUCUCACCGUCUGGUACUCGUGGUAUUACCGCGAUGUCAUAACCUGCGUGUCACACUUCAACGCCGAAACGCAAGUCCGACUCGACUACAUCAACAUCUGCCUCUCGUACCCCUACGUGCAGGAGGAGGAGGGGGCGAGGCGCUACUUGCUCUUCUACCGGUGGAUCUCGUGGUCGCUGCUGGUGCUCGCCGGCGUCUACUACAUCCCGCGGAAGGUCUCCAAGAGCUUCGAUAACGCCCGCUGCAAGAAGCUGCUCGAGGACCUCGCCGCCAACGCCCACCGCUACGACCAGGCGGAGCGCGAGUUGGUCGAGCGGGCCGCCCGCUACAUCCUGUUCAACCUCAAGACACACAACGGCCUCUACUGGAAGUUCUUCUCGGUGAACCUGCUGGCGCUCGUGGUCGACGUGUUCGCCAUGCAGUACCUGGACUUCAUCCUGCAGGGCCGCUUCAUCCAGUACGGUUUCAGGGCCUAUCCGUUCGACAGGGACCCGCAGCGCUUCACCGACUACAUGUCCCAGACGUUCCCGCCGUUCGCGCUGUGCGAGCUCUCCACCGAGAACCAGCUGGUGAACAAGCGGACGGAGGUUUUCGGUUGCCACCUCACCAUCAUGGAACUCUACGAGAAGCUCUUCCUCGGGCUGUGGCUGUGGCUCAUCGUCCUGGCAUUCAUCACCUGCUGCUACAUCAUCUUCCUGUUCGCCAUGUGGCUGCCGUGCAUGAGCGUGUACCUGCUGCGCACGGCCAAGCCCGCGCACGCCAACGACAACGUCCGUGCAAUGGUAUCCAAGGUCUGCAAGAACUGCAAGAUCGGGGACAUCUACUUGCUGUACAGGAUCAAGGGCCACCUCAGCCACGCCCGCUUCUACGAGCUCAUGACGCGGCUGUCGGACCCCAACCUGUUCAACAAGCAGGUGGUGGGCAACCCGGCCACGGCGGCGCCCGACGCCAAGGACAAGGUGCCGCCCAACAAGCAGCCCGACACGCUCAGGAACCGCCGCCCCAACGUGCCGCAGGACCCGCCCAUCAACCCCGACUACCUCCACCAGCUGCUCACCAACCCGGAGAUGAUGUCCCGGAACCCGCAGCAUCCCGACCAGCGGACGCCGCUGCUCAAGAAAAACACCAGCAUCUUAAUUGAAUAGUCAGUCGCGUAGUCGUAGAGCUACACUCGAGAUUCCUAAUUCUUAAAGCUGCCAUAGGACGAGGUGCUGCCCGAGGUUGGUCUUCGCUUCUGGCCUAGGACUCUUCGAACCCACGACCCUGAGACGCCCAUGAACAGCCCCACCGAAACAGGCUCCUUCAAGGCCGCGAAGAGGCUUCAACUUGGAGAAUCCGAAGCCAGGGAACGAUCGAGCUAAGGCUUCGCGCGAGUGGGCCGGCGCCGGCGGGGACUCCCCUCGUCGGCGCGUCGAACAAAGCUCUUGAAAAGAGUUUCUAAACGGUCACCAUGACCAUAAAACGGACGCUUCACCGCCCGGGCGACGCGACGUCCUCGAACGCCUCACGCGGCGCUUAGGGUCCCUCGCAAGCCCUGAGGGCGCCGCGCAACUCCGGCGGCGCAUCGGUGCCCUGGAGGCUCUCGUACGACCGAGGACGACGACGACGUAUGUCGCGCCUCGUCUUGACAAAUGUCGUCGCUGGCACGACCCUGGCGCCGGGCGGACGGCGAAGGGGCGCCCCGGACCCCUCGCCCGAGACGCACAGAAGACGUACAAACUCGGUUGAAAAGGUGAAGAGAAAGAACAAACCAGUGGUUACAUGGACGAGAACAAAAAGUGCCUUAGCUGAAUUCUGUGUCAAUUCCAAUACUAUUUUUUCUUCUUUUUUAAGGCUGUUAGUGUUCAACUGUUAUCACCGUAGUUUUUUAAUAACGUUUAUUUAUUACAAGUGACUGAACCAGAGGUGCUAGAGUCAGCGUGAAGUGAUUUACAGGAAAAAAGGAAAAUGAAAAUGGUGUGCAGUGCGGCGUCUCCCUCAAGGCCCGUGACACGCGUUCCCAGGCAUUAGCAUCGACGGCGCUUGGCUCUCCGUCGCCGUCGACCGCUCUUCCAAUCUCCAUUUUUAUAUAUUGAUAUACACUCCCAUUUUUAUAUAUGUAUGUGUAAACUAAUGGAUUCUUCAAUGAUGGCGGAAAGAAGAGAGGAGUCGAUUGCUCUCUCAGAGUCUCUUUUGCUCAGACUUUUUUUUUUAACUAUCACCGAAAGGAUUGAUUUUAAUGUUAUGAGACGCAGGUAGGCCUAUCAUCUUUCCUCGCUUUCUUGAGACGGAAAACAAAGGAUAAGACGGAAAUAUCAAGAAAGCGACGAGGAAAAGA